AUGCUACGCGGGCUGCACGGCGGGCCCGUGCCGGACAACGACGCGCGGCUGGUCGCGCUGCUCAAUCAGAUGAACAAUAGCAAAUGCGUCGUGCCGCCGCCCUUUGGCAAACUAAAGGCGUUCAAGCUCUCGGAAUCACUCGCCAAACGGCACCGCAGCGGUGCGAUCGUCGACGUAUUUCGGAUCGCCAUGGAGGACCACAGCGCCAGGGCGGUGACUACAUCCAACGUACAUCACACCGACUCGUUGGUCGAUAAGCCGGCGCCAAAGGAAAGAUCAAAGGCGUUCAAGUUGCCGUCGGCAGGCUUCUACGCUGUCCACGCGGCGCUUUUGCUCUGCAGCUCGGUGUCGCUCUUUGGCUUUCAGGACAGCCCCCAAAAGACCUUUCACUACUGGGGCAACCAAUCAGCACUCGACGCCUCCGGCAGCAGACGCUUCCACAACUUUGAAGCCGAGCACGAGUACUAUCAGCGCAGGCUGAAGGACAGCGCGCGCCGAAUCGAUUUCACUUUCACUUUCACUUCACAUUUCAUGUGA